AUGACGAUAUAUUCAUUUUUCAUAUUUGAUCGCCAUUGCAACUGUGUAUACGAUCGCGAAUACACGCACUCGCCAAACCCAUCUGCCACCACACAAGACAAGAUUGAUGGCCAAAUCAACAAGAAUAACGACGCCGAUAACUCGAAACUACUAUUUGGAAUCCUAUAUUCUCUUAAAACAAUUGCCGCAAAACUAGUAUUGGAAGAUUCAGUCCUCAACGAAUUGAAGCAAUUGACAAUUGGGCAGUAUCGAAUUCAUUUCUGGGAAUCAUUGACAAGAUUUAAAUUUGUGAUUAUCACUGAUAUACAGGUUCAAUCUUUACAGCAGGAGCUUUGGCAGUUGUAUUCACAUUUUUUCAUUAGAUAUGUGGUUGAAAAUGCAUUGCUGCCAGUUGAAUUCAAAUGGAAGGAUGAUGAUUCGUUGCAGGAAAAUGAAAUUUAUGGAAAGAUCAAUAAUGGCAGGUUUAUACAAGAGACUGAUCGGUAUCUAAAGUCGCUAUCUAUAUUUUAA